AUGAAGUGGCUUGGUACUAUUUUGAUUUUUGGAGUGGUCCUUGUUGUAUCAGAAAACGCUGACGAAAAUAUCGGCAUCGAUGAUCCAGAUGUCUACGAAGGAGACAUGAUCUUAGAUCCAGAUCAACGCAUGGCGAUUGAACUUGGGUUGGAUGUGGACAAUCCGUUUGGAAGAGGCUCCACUAUAAAUCGACAGUGGCCUGGUGGUGUGAUGCACUACGUCAUUGACUCUAGUCUCUCCAGUGACUCCCGCGCUAAGGCGGCGAUUAAGGCAGGAAUGGAACAAUGGACAAAGAACACUUGUAUCCAGUUCAAGCCGAGAACAACGGAGUCUAGCUAUGCGAACUUCAAACUAGGCAAAGGGUGUUCAUCAUAUGUUGGGAGGACGGGACGCAAACAAGACAUUAACCUUGCUCGUGGAUGUUGGUACACUGGAAUUGUCGCCCAUGAAAUUGGUCACGCUUUGGGCUUUUACCAUGAACAAUCCAGACCUGACAGGGAUGCCCACGUCACAAUUAUGUGGGACAACAUAAUCGAGAAGAACAAGUUCAAUUUCAAGAAGUACUCCAAAUCCACUAUUGAUUCUCUCAAAACCCCGUAUGAUUACGGAAGUGUGAUGCAUUAUGGAGGAAGAGCUUUUUCCAAAAACGGAUUACCAACAAUCGUUCCUAGACAAUCCAACGUUAAGAUUGGUCAGAGAAAAGGCAUCAGUAAAAUAGACGCUCAGCAGAUGAAUCUCCUCUACAGUCAGCAAUGCUCAGGUAGUGGCAGUAGCUGUGUAGACAAAAACACGAAUUGCCCUGGUUGGACCAAAUAUUGUUCCACUAACAACUAUGUGAAACAGAACUGCAAGAAAUCGUGCAACAUGUGUUCAUAA